CUUUCGAUUCAAAGUCAGCGCCACUACUAUAGCAACGGAGAAAACAGCACAGAAGCAGUCGGUAGCUGCACCACCAACGCAGCAGUUCCUGCUAAGCCAAUGGUUCCUGUCCUGGCAACAGAUGUCAACAAUCCUCUAACUGCUAAUACAUUCAAAAUGAGGUUAGCAACAGUAAGUCAACGAAGCGGACCAAUCAGCUGCUUUGAAGUAACAGUCAUUCAGUUGAAUAAUAAUGACGUCAUCGAUGACAGAGACCCGGAUGUUUUGUAUCAUCCUGACAUGCUUGGUACCUACCAGGAGGCAUAUGAUACAGCAGGAAGAGCUUAUGUAGCAUUGACCUUAGCAGGGCACGAACUGAUUGAAGGAAGAGACGUUACGAUAGGGAGUGGAGGAACCUCUGUGUGUGGUAGCAAUGACUCAAGACGCAAGCGAAGGCAAACAACACGACGCCACGAGGGAGAGAAUGGACCGCUAGCGCCUAGUACCAAGUAUACAGCGUUCAUGAGGGCGUAUGCUGUGUUGGAAGAUAGAACAGAAGAUUAUGUAACGAGUGACUUGUUGCAACCAAUCUACACAGCAAAUGCCCAAACCGACAAUGCUACAGUAAUCGCCGUGGUGAGUGUAGUAGGUACGGCAUUCACCAUCGUAUUGAUCGCAUGUGGUGUGAGGAUGUGGAGGAAAACAAGAACAGCAAAGAAUAAUCGGCCCAAACGGACAAUUGUGGAGAUGGAUGAAGUUGACUACGAAAAGACAGUGCCAGAAAAUGGUAUAGCGUCCACUGUCUACGAAGACAUUGGCUUGCCAUCUUGGGCGCUGAGAUGGGAGAUUAAGUGGAAGAACAUGGUGGUUGAUGACAAAGUCCUCGGUCAAGGGAACUUUGGUGAAGUGAGAUCAGGAACUGUGAACAUUGGUGGGAAGAUGACAAAGACAGCAGUCAAAGUUCUAAAAGGACAAGCAUCCAAAACUGAUCGUGAUGACUUCAUGGAAGAAUUUCGUACAAUGACCAGCAUCGGUUACCAUCCUAAUGUUGUGUCGUUACUUGGGGCUUGUCAGAAUGAAGAUGUUCUCUACGUUGCUCUGGAGUUUCUUCCCAACGGUGAUCUGCGCAGCUAUCUGCGCACAGGCCGCUUGGAGUCAAGCUCAGGUGAGGGUGCCUUAUCGUCUGACCAACUCAUUGAGUUUGCCCUGGACGUUGCUAAGGGAAUGAAGCAUCUAGCUAUGUCCGGGGUAAUUCAUCGUGACCUGGCUGCACGAAACAUCUUGCUCGGAAAGGGACUGGUUGCUAAGGUUUCUGACUUUGGACUUUCAAGGGGAGAGGAUAUCUACGUCCAGACUUCUAUGCGCCGUGUUCCCACUCGUUGGUUGUCUAUUGAGUCCUUGAUGUAUCGUACCUACACCACCCAGAGUGACGUGUGGUCCUUUGGAAUUCUGCUUUGGGAAAUAGCUUCAAUUGGGGGCACCCCGUAUCCAUCUAUUGCUACCAAGUCAUUGGCAGCUCAACUUAUGGACGGAUAUCGCAUGUCAAAACCACCGAACUGCAAUGACGAAAUCUACUCUUUGAUGCUUCGUUGCUGGGAGGAGGACCCUAGCAACAGACCCACCUUCAGCGAUCUGGUCCGCAUCCUCAGAGAAAUGGAUGACAAUAAGACUGAGAACACAUACAUGGCUGUAGAUCGCGCUCACUAUGAGAAUUUCAGUGUGAUCCGACCAGAGCUUGAUGACAACUGAACUGUAGGUGCGAGACUCGCCGUCAGCAGAUUCACCUAAGGAAUUGAGAUUAUAAAUGCAUUAUGCAAAUAACAGUUCACUUCUCACCGACUUCACGGUGUGUGUGUAUUUCUUCAGAGCAUGAGAGUGGUAAAAAUGAAACAGUCUUCAAAUGUUUCAGUAUGAAUAAGUCCCAAAACUGCGUGUUGAAUAUUUGUUCUUUUUGAUAUGAAAUUGCACCGAUGAUUUUCCUUUUUACAGUUUGAAUAAAGACUUUGUUAUUGUUAAGAAGACAGACAGUACCCUUUCGAAGCCCUCAAGCUUUAAAAUAUUAUUCAGGUAAUGAGUCAAUAUGAAUAAACUGCGAUAACUGUGAAAAUUAAAUGUGUGAAUUAAAUCAGUGUCUGUGACUAAAACUACAAAUGUUACACUUCUUGCACAAAGCAUGUUUGGAGAAGGGAUGACCAAAAUAUUUAUGCAAACGAAGUAAUUCACCCAUAAUUCUUAGUAAUGUUGACAUUCAAAAUACAUAGACACUUUAAAUUACCUUCAAGGUAAUUGUGUUUUAUUCAUUGUGUGUUUUGGUCGUAAUAAAACAUCUAUCUUAAUAGUAUUAGAAAUUAUGGUAAUUAAGACCAACUUUGUACUUACUCCAUUUUUUAAUAUUUUACAUUCUGACAUUUCUUCCAAACACUCAGACAAUUUGUGUGAAACUAAAGAUAGUUAAAUGUAUACUUAAUCUUUUACAACAAAAAGGUAACGCAUACGUUUAACUAAUCUUUAUUUUGGUUAAGUCAAGUACGCAGAUACCUGUAUACGCAGUUUAGAAAUUAAAGAAGCAAGGAUUACCUUUAUUCUUAAUGUAUUUAAACAUUUUUAACACCACACAAAGCAAUGAUAAUAAGAGGUGAGGUGGCCAUACAUUGGCUUCACCCGCUACUGCUGUUACGUACUUUCAUUUCCUGAACGGUAUCGUGAUUAUAAAUUGAAAGUAUUGACUUAAGGGCAGUUUGUUCAUUUUUAUGCAUAUAGACAGAUACAAACGGCUGAUGCUUUGUAAAUAGUAAAUAUUAUCCUUUAUUAAUACUUGGAAUCAGACUGAAAUAUUUCAUCUUUCCAAUCCUGUGUGCCGCUUCGUCUCUGUUUUCUCAGGGUUGCUGGAAUAAUGUAUUUGGAAUGUUAUUAUAGUCGUGUACUUUCCAUGCGGAAAUAAAACUUUUUUUUUUUCAAAUUUUACUUGUUAUCUUAGAAGUGUUAAUCGGAAUAAUUAUGGGAAUAUUGGGUAAGGCAACUAUUGUCUUUACUUAGGACAUGUUGAAAUUAUAGGUAGCUGCUGAAUUCUGCAAUAUUCAUAAAAUUUAAAUGAGAAAAUUUAUCCAAGAUAGUAAAAGCUCAUCUCAUGUAGUAGUUAAACAUAACAAGGCAACAGCCUUAAUGAAAAAUCUCGUAGUAAACUGGUGUUUUACGCAGUAUCGAUUGGAAACUUAGCUAAUCCUGUACCAGGGAUGCACGAGUUUCAUACUUGUUGGGACGAUGGAGAUUUUUAAAAUCAUUUUCAUAGUGCGGUGAUUACAGUGACAUAACAAAGGAAUGAAAGUGUGGAGGGGACCUGGUGAAGUUAAUGAAAAUAUAGCCAAUAUUAAACGGAGCUGUAUACCACUCCAUUCGUAAAUACCCUUCAAUUCAAAUAUCACAAGAAUUUCCAAAAAUUGUAAACAAAUUUAAAGUGACGAUUACAAUUGAGUUCAAUAAAUUUCUUCCGAAAGAUA